ACCUCUGGUUGGGCUUAAUUCAAAGAAUCCCAGGAAAUAACUUAACAAAGAAUAUAAUGUCCAAUAACUCUCUCAUCAAAGCAAGUUGUUUCUUCAUCAUCGCCGCCGCCCUUCUCUCCUCCUCCUGCCAUGGGGACUGCCUGUCGCCGCAGUUUUAUGACCUGUCAUGUCCCCGGGCUCAAGAAAUUGUGAAGUCCGUUGUUGCCAAGGCGGUCUUCGAAGAUCCUAGAAUGGCUGCCUCUUUACUCCGGCUCCAUUUCCACGACUGCUUUGUCCAGGGUUGCGAUGCGUCUAUACUUCUGGACAACAGUGGGGGGAUGAGGAGCGAGAAGAUAUCGAACCCGAACAGGAACUCGGCUCGCGGGUACGAAGUGAUUGACGAGAUUAAAGACGCAGUGGAGCGCAAGUGCCCUCUCACUGUCUCUUGCGCUGACAUUCUUGCACUUGCUGCUCGGGAUUCCGUUGUUCUGGCUGGAGGACCAUAUUGGGAGGUCUCAUUAGGAAGGAGAGACUCCAGAUCUAGCAGCCUGAGUGGCUCCAACCACAACAUUCCUGCCCCAACCGACACAUUCGACACCAUUCUGGCUAAAUUCAAUCUCCAAGGACUUGGUCUUCUUGAUCUUGUUGCCUUGUCUGGGAGUCACACAAUUGGGAGCGCGAGGUGCGCCACCUUCAGACAAAGGCUUUACAACCAGACGGGGACCGGGCAGCCGGACCCCACGCUGGACGAGCCGUACGCGGCCGGGCUGCGAAAGAGGUGCCCGGAAUCCGGGGAUGGCGACGGGAACCUGUUCGACCUGGACUUUUUCAGCCCGGCGGCGUUUGACAACGGCUACUUCAUCAACCUGCUGGUGCGCAAAGGGCUGCUGAGGUCGGACCAGAUUCUGGCGGAGAACGAGGCGGCUCUCCGGCUGGUGAAGGCGUACGCGGAGAGCGGGGAGCUUUUCUUCCGGCAGUUUGCCGUGUCCAUGGUGAAGAUGGGAAACAUCUCUGUUCUGAGGGGCUCUAUGGGAGAAGUCAGGAGGAAUUGCAGGAAGAUCAACCAUUAAUUAAUACUACUAUUCAUAUAAUAGCCCUCUGAAAUAUAUUAAUAUUACCAGUAUAUCUAAGCUUAAUUGCUGUAUAUGGAUUGAUUAAGUUUCUGACGUUAUUAUGAUGUCUAAUUUGAACUUUGAGUAGACUUUAAAAACUUUGUGUUUCUUUAUGUCUUUCCCUCUUUGAGAUUUGAUUUUAAAUUGCAUGGGUGUGGAGUAUUGGAUGAUUGAAUCAUUGUAAAAUUUUAUGGAUAUGACUUCUGGCAUAACUUAUAAUUCUACAAUCAUUUUUUAUUGAAAACUAACAAUUGGAUUUUGUCAUUGUAAAAAAGCAAACAUGUAACGCCCGUUAUGACAUUAAAUAGAUUAAACAGUUUGAAUGAUCUUAUUUAGAAGAUGCAAAUAUAAGAGAUCCUAUUCU